AAACCGCAGAUCUCCAAGUCAACACAGAAGUGUUAACACACCGCUCUUGACUUCCUGUUGCGAAGGGGGAAACCUGUGUAUCUUGUCUCUUUGUGGGCCUGCGCCUGUGUCUUGUGGGCCGGGUCAUGAGACUCCAGGGGUGGGUCUCCUUCAGUAACCUCGCAGCUGGAUUUCUCUCUUCGGCAUCCUGGAGGCUGGCCGCUCUGAGCAGCCAGAAACACGUGUGUCUGUUCAGUCAGUCCGGUACGAACAUGGCAGAGGAGGCGAAGAAACUGGCCGCUUACGCCGCUGUGGACAACCACGUCCAGAACAACCAGGUGGUUGGAGUGGGCAGCGGAUCAACCAUUGUCUAUGCGGUGGACAGAUUAGCUGAGAGAGUGCGUCAGGAGAAACUCAACAUUGUGUGUGUGCCCACCUCUUUCCAGGCUCGUCAGCUGAUUCUACAGCACGGCCUCACGCUGUCGGAUCUGGAUAGGCACCCAGAGCUGGAUGUGGCGAUUGACGGCGCUGACGAAGUGGACGCAGAUCUCACGUUGAUAAAAGGUGGAGGCGGCUGCCUGACUCAGGAGAAGAUCGUAGCCGGCUGUGCUAAACAUUUCGUUGUCAUUGCUGACUACAGGAAGGACUCCAAGGCUCUGGGCCAGCAGUGGAAGAAGGGAGUUCCUAUUGAGGUGAUCCCCAUGGCAUACAUUCCUGUCUCCAGGACGAUAGCCAAACGCUUUGGAGGGGAGGCCAGCUUACGGAUGGCUGUCAGUAAAGCAGGUCCUGUGGUCACUGACAACAGCAACUUCAUCCUGGACUGGAAGUUUGAGCACGCUCAGAACUGGAAGGAAGUCAACACCGCAAUCAAGAUGAUUCCAGGUGUGGUGGAGACGGGGCUUUUCGUCAGCAUGGCUGAACGAGCCUACUUCGGGAUGGAGGAUGGAAGUGUGCAGAUUCGGGAUCCUCCAGUCAACUGAGUAGUUUGCCAUAAUCACUGUCUCUCGCCUCCUCUUGAAUGACCUCACUUCUCCCACAAGUGCCGUGUUCUUGAUUUACACCCGGUUUCAGACUGUGUUUGGACAGAGCUGCACCUCCUGCAGAACUGGACAAAACUGUAGCAGGAAAGUUUUCACAUAUCUAAAAACCAGAUCCAAUUGAGGAUCACUUGAUUUUUCUCAUCCUGCCGGUGGUGCUUCUGAUUCUUCAAGUUUUUAAGUGCCUGAUAAGUAAAAUCAAGUGCAUCUGAUAUGCUUACUGUUUUCGUUUUUUCAGUCUGUAUUGUUGCUCAGUUUGACUGCCUGGUCUCACUGGGAAUGUUGGCUCUUCCUGUAAUUAGCGGGUUUAACUUAAUGUCUGCAGUGCUGUGGUUCUCAACCGACUCUGUGAAUCACUAUGGUGCUGCAGAAUGAAACUAAGGUGUGCCUUGAGAAUAUAUUUUAAGACCUAUUAAAAGAAAUGAUGCCAUUAAAGCUACAUUUAAAAAGCUCAUAAUCAUACAUCAAACUCAUCAUUUGCUAGGCUGCUACAAACAAAAGUCCACUAGUCAAGACAUUGUAAGUAGUCAGAAAGCUGAUAUGCCUUGAAGUCUUUUUGUUUAAUUAGAUUACAUAAUGGGGGAGUAAUAUGAGAUGUAUACUACAACAUAAAGAAGUUAUACUUUUAUCAAGAAAUUAAUUUCCCUAAUUAAUAUGCUAAUAUAAACAGCAAGAAGCUCCAAAAAUUAAUGAGAUUGUGGACAAUUUAGGGAAACCCUGUGGCGCAGGUAUGAAGCUUCCAUUAUUUGGUGAUUGGCUUAAGAAGACACUAUGAUAAUACAAUGUCGGUGUGUGUGUGUUCUACACAUACAGCACAGAGGUGCGCCGUAAUAAAUACAAUGUAGAUCUUGCUGGCAUUCAAACAGACAUGUCAACACAUGGUUUGAAAAAAAUGCAACAAGGAACAAAAACUGGUCCUCACAGAGUAGAAAAGAGCCGCGCAGAAUGGGGGGUGUUACCUUUGCAGCAAAAGGGUUGAGAAUCAUCAAACCCAAGGACAAGGUGAAAUCGUCCUGUCCCUGUGAGAGUAUGCACGGCUUCACCGUUUCUUUUGCGCCUCCGUGUCACUGAAGCUUCUGGUUUUCUGUGGAAAUCUUUUGUGGUUUCCUCCGAGUUUCAACAGCGGUUCCUGUAGAGUUAUACUAGUCAGUCAGCAGAGUUAAAGUCCACAGCCUCUCACUGUUUUACAAAAAACAAACUGAAUGAGUGUACUUUGAUGCAUGUACCUCCUUCCACUGCGUUGGUUCUUUUUUGUGCCUGUAAGUUACUUGCAUGACAGUUUCUUAUUCCUUACACAAGCCAUCUGGUCACAGGAAGUCUUGUGCCAUAAACUUAAUUUUGAAUAUAGUUACAGAAAGACGUGUAGAACAUUUUUGAGGUAAUGGUGAUGGGCAGUUAUGCUAUAAAAUGGUCACAGUUAAUGGUGAAAUGAUGUAGCUCAAAUCUGAACCAACAGCACCACAAGUAAGUCGUAUGUGCCUUUGCACGCCAAAGCAAUGGAACACUGUUUUUUAUUGAGAUGUAGCUAAAUUCAUUGAUUAUGUAGCUGGUCAUAUUGUUGGAACAACUGCCACUCAGCAUCAGUGCUAAAUGUUGUUAAAAGUUGCAUCAUCAGGGUUUAGGAAAGACAUUUCAAUAUAUAAAUGUAUCAAAAAUGCAGUAGUUAAGACAAAAAACAAAUCGCUAAGAUUUGAUUUAACGUGUGUGCAGCUCUUAAAAAGAAACAUUCAAGAUAUUUCAUGUUUGGUCAGGUUGUUUCACAAGGUCCUAUCUUUACUGAAUCUCAUUUCUAAUUGAGAAAAUUGACAAAUAAAUGGUAUAGUGCAGCUUUGAAGGUGUUGCUCAGUGUGCAGCAGGCUUCAGUGAGAUAAUUUGUCACAAGUCUACAGCAGUCUACUUUUGCUGAAUUGUAAAAAUACUUUGAGAUUAUUUCCGAUACGCUCAUAAAAUCAGAAGGUCAUCAUUCCUUUUCUCAAAGAUUCAAAUAGUCAAGUUGUCUUUCUUUAAACUAAGGACAAGUUACUUUAAUGUCCAGAACAACCAUCAUUUGUUUGAAAAUUGUGAUAGUUUGUAAUUUUUCCCCAUGUGAUUGAUAUCCUUUUAUUAUGGAAAGCAGCUAUUCACUCUGCUUUUGGCUCACAAUGCCUUACACUCUGGUUUUAUUUUUGUAUGUUUUUGUAUGUACAGUUCUCAGAUUCAGGAGAACAUCAAGGCUGGGAAUUUGAUACAAUCAAGCAAAUGCAGUUUGCAGCAUAUUUGUCUACAAGCCACUGUUAUUAGGUACGGGCAAUCAGAUUCUAUUCUAGUCUAAUUCUACUCAUAAAUCAAAUGAAAGUGGAUGAAGUUUAGCACGUAUCAGCCUCAGUGGCGUGUAGAUAAAGUGAAAGUGAACUCAACAGAGAAUAUGUGGCCCAGUUUGGGUCCAAUACAAAAAGGUGUACACCAUGUUGGAUAUUUUUGCACCAGCAUUUCUUUUAUUCCUUUCUUUACCAAAUGACUGUGACAAUGAUAUUGCUGUGAAGGUACUAUUUUCUUUGUCAACCAAUACAGGACCGAAAUGAUGAGAAUAAACAGUAUGCCUCCUCGUUUUA